AUGGCCAGCUUCAUUCACAAGACCAACUCUGCCAUCGCGCGCUCCUUUGUGGGCAGGUACUUUCGCCUUGAUGGCUCAGGUCACCCCAAAGAGCGCAAGGGCAGCUACUUCUUCACCGAGUUCCGCGCGGGAAUGGCUACCUUCUUUGCCAUGGCCUACAUCAUCUCCGUCAACUCCUCGAUCGUGGCUGAUAGUGGAGGCACUUGUGUCUGCCCUCCUGAGAACACCGACUUCUGUGCGACGGACCCCGAGUAUGCCUUGUGCGUCCAGCUCGUCCAACGAGAUCUGGUCACGGCCACUGCUGCCAUCUCUGCCCUGACGUCCUUUUGUAUGGGUCUGUUCGCCAAUCUGCCUAUCGCUCUCGCUCCUGGAAUGGGUCUCAACGCCUACUUUGCCUACACAGUCGUUGGCUUCCACGGCUCCGGUAUGGUUCCCUACGAAGUUGCACUCACUGCCGUCUUUGUUGAAGGUUGGGUUUUCGUUGCCCUAACCCUUCUUGGUAUUCGCCAAUGGCUUGCUAGGGCCAUUCCCGCCAGCAUCAAACUUGCGACUGGUGUUGGCAUCGGUCUCUAUCUUACCAUUAUCGGUCUUGCGUAUUCCGCUGGAAUUGGUGUCAUUUCUGGAGCCGUUGCCACCCCCUUGGAACUCGCAGGUUGCGAGCAGCAAUACAUCGACCCGGAAACCCACGCUUGCCCUGGAGCCUACAAGAUGAGAAAUCCGACCAUGUGGAUCGGCAUCUUCUGUGGUGGUUUGCUCACUGUCAUGUUGAUGCUCUACCGCGUCAAGGGCGCCAUCAUCUUUGGUAUUCUUCUCGUCUCCAUCAUCUCCUGGCCCCGCCCUACCAGUGUCACGUACUUUCCCUACACACCGCUCGGCAACUCUGCUUUUGAUUUCUUCAAAAAGGUCGUUACCUUCCAUCCGAUUACCAAAGUUCUGGCUGUGCAAGAGUGGAACAUCUCCGAAUACAAGGGUCAAUGGGGUCUGGCCUUCAUCACCUUCCUUUAUGUUGAUAUUCUGGACUGCACGGGUACCCUUUACUCCAUGGCUCGCUUCUGCGGUGUCAUCGACGAGCGCACGCAGGAUUUCGAAAAUUCAUCCAUCGCCUACAGCGUCGAUGCUAUUGGCAUUUCGAUUGGAUCACUCAUGGGUUGCCCACCGGUUACUGCCUACAUAGAGUCCGGUGCUGGUAUCUCAGAGGGUGGCAAGACUGGUCUGACCGCCAUGUUCACUGGCCUUGGGUUUUUUGUCGCUAUCUUCUUCGCGCCCAUUUUCGCUUCGAUUCCUCCAUGGGCCACUGGAUGUACCUUGAUCAUCGUCGGUUCCUUGAUGGCCCAGGCGGCAAAGGACAUCAACUGGCGCUAUAUGGGUGAUGCGAUUCCGGCUUUCCUUACGAUUGCCAUUAUGCCCUUCACAUAUUCUAUCGCGUACGGUCUCAUUGCCGGUAUCUGCUCAUACAUUUUCAUCAACACCGUUGUCUGGCUACUCGAGAAGGCAUCGGGUGGCCGCAUUACUCCUCCCAACAAGGCGGAGAAGGAGCCAUGGACGUGGCGUAUUCCUGGAGGCAUUGCGCCACCCUGGAUGAAGCGCGUCGCCAGCGGAAAGAAAGACUUUUGGCGGUCAAACGACGAGCACGAUGGCAUCUCUGCUGGACCCAGGAGCGAGGAAAGCUCGACUCAUGGCGGCCACGAGAAGGAGUACGUUUCAGAUGGCAAGCAGGCAUAG